CUAACAUUUCUGCAAUGUCUGGGACAGUUUCACACAGUGCAGCCCAGCCUGUCAGCUGCCACUAAAAUGCCUUCCUUGUACUGUGUGAGUCUGCUCACUCUCCACGUCCUCUGGGCCAGAUUUCAUUCUGUUGAAUCAGAGACAAGGACCUAUUAUAUUGGGAUAGUGGAGGAGACUUGGGACUAUGCCCCAUCAGGAAAAAAUCUCAUCACAGGACAGGACAUAGGCGAGGACAGUGAUGCGUCAGUAUUCUUGGAAAAUGGAGGGGACAAAAUUGGACGCAUUUACAAAAAAGCUAUUUACAAACAAUUCACUAAUUCGGCCUACACCAAGGAAAUAAUGAAGCCAAUCUGGCUCGGGUUCCUGGGGCCAAUUAUCAAGGCUGAGGUGGAAGACACAAUAAUUGUUCAUCUAAAAAAUAUGGCUUCCCGUGCGUACACGCUUCAUCCACACGGGGUGUUCUACAAGAAGGAUUCAGAAGGGGCCUUUUAUCCAGAUGGAACCAAGAAAGCUGAUAAACGUGAUGAUUUUGUCCCUCCAGGAGGGCAGCAUACUUACACUUGGAUAGUCAAACAGGAAUACGCCCCCACUGCAGAAGACCCUAACUGUCUGACUUGGAUCUACCAUUCACACACCGACGCACCGAGGGAUAUAGCAAGUGGAUUAAUAGGAGCCUUGCUGACUUGCAAAAAAGGGACACUAGAUAGAUCUUCAAAUCGCUUGGAUGUGAAUAAAGAUUUCAUCCUGAUGUUCAGUGUGGUGGAUGAAAAUAUAAGCUGGUAUCUGGAAGACAACAUUCAAACAUUUUGCACCGAGCCUGAGACUGUAGAUGUGGAUAACGAAGAUUUUCAAGAAAGCAAUAAAAUGCAUGCAAUUAAUGGCUACCUUUUUGGAAACCUACCUGGCGUGGACAUGUGCCUCGGUGACUCUGUGUCCUGGCACCUAUUUGGGAUUGGCAAUGAAGUUGAUAUUCACUCUGCUUAUUUCUAUGGCCACACUGUCACCAACCAGGGACACAGAACUGAUGUCAUCAACCUUUUUCCUGCUACAUUUGUAACUGUUGAGAUGAGGCCGUCAACUCCUGGGAAGUGGAUGUUGAGCUGUCAAGUUAAUGACCACAUUCAAGCUGGAAUGUUGGGUCUCUACAAUGUGUCAACGUGUGGAAAGGAUAUUGUAUCUCCAUCCACUGGAACCGUGAAGAAAUACUAUGUUGCUGCUGAACUCGUACUAUGGAAUUAUGGCCCAACGAACUAUAACACGUUCACCGGUGACUUGCUUAAUGAAACCGACAGUGAUUCAGAGUUAUAUUUUUCAAAAAAUGAUGUACUGAUUGGAGGAAAAUACUGGAAAGUUCAGUACAUAGAGUAUGCUGAUGAGUUAUUCACUGUUAGGAAGAACCGUUCAGACAGUGAAGAGCACCUUGGAAUACUUGGUCCAGUGAUUAAGACUGAAGUUGGCGAUACUAUACUAGUUGUUUUUGCAAACAAAGCAGACCGAGCAUACAGCAUCAUGGCACAUGGAGUGUCAUUCAGCAAAGAAUCAGAAGGUGCGGGAUAUGCCGAUGGUUCUGUGAAAAACGGAGCUCUUGUGGAACCUGGUGACACAUUCACAUACACAUGGGAAGUCCUUGAAAACGAUGGGCCCACACCCAGUGACCCAAAUUGCCUCACUUACCUUUACUAUUCAGCAGUGGACCCAGUCAAGGACACUUAUUCUGGACUCGUGGGUCCUCUUCUAGUCUGCAGAAAAGACUCUCUCACUGCAGAUAACAAACAGGUACAAAUAGAUAAAGAAUUUUAUUUGCUGUUCAGUGUAUUUGAUGAGAAUUUGAGCUGGUACCUCAAUGCAAACAUGAAUGGAUCAAAUAUUAACAUCGAGGAUGAGGAUUUUCACGAGUCCAAUAAAAUGCAUGCUGUAAAUGGCUACAUGUACGGAAACCUGCCUGGCCUAGAAAUGUGUAGGAUGGCAAACAUAUCCUGGCAUCUGAUUGGACUUGGCACAGAGAUUGAUAUACACGGAAUUUAUUUUGAAGGCAACAAUCUUGAUAUUGGAGGGAUGACCAGAGAUACAGUUAGUCUCUUUCCUCACACCGCAUUAACAGCAUACAUGGUGCCAGAUGAGGCAGGUGUUUUUGGAGUAUCUUGUCAAACUAUGGAUCACUAUAUUACCGGCAUGAAACAUACGUACACGGUGUCGCCAUGUAACAGUGAGACUGAGAAACAGUAUGGAACUGUAAGGACUUACUUUAUUGCGGCUGAGGAAGUGGAGUGGGACUAUUCCCCAGACAGAACGUGGGAGCUCGAGAAGCAUAUGGCGCAUGGAGAGGAACACAACAGCCCAGGCAAUAUAUUCAUUAAUAAAGAGGACGACCGCAUUGGCUCUGUUUACCGAAAAGUGGUUUAUCGAGAAUACACAGACGGGCAGUUUUCAGUGCAGAAGAAACGAACUCCAGAAGAGAAACAUCUAGAAAUAUUAGGCCCAUUUAUUCGAGCAGAGGUUGGAGACAGCAUUCUGAUUGUGUUUAAGAAUAAAGCAUUUCGCCCGUAUUCCAUUUACGCUCAUGGAGUGGUGGCUGUGAAUCAUGGUAAAGGAAAUAGUAUUGAGGCAACACCACCUGGAGGAACACGCACAUACCAAUGGAAUGUUCCAGAAAGGUCUGGUCCAGGAAACAACGAUCCUGACUGUUUGACAUGGGCCUAUUACUCCAAAGAAGAUUUUGUCAAGGAUAUUAACAGUGGCUUGGUGGGGCCACUUUUAACUUGCAGGAAAGGUGUGCUAAACAGUCAGGGAUUAAGAAGAGAUGUAGCCCGCGAAUUUGCACUAUUAUUUCUGGUGUUUGACGAAAACAUGUCUUGGUACUUGGACAGUAAUAUUGAAGAAUAUGUUCAGAAAAAUCCCAGUGAUGUAAACAGAACAGAAGAAUUUGAAGAAAGCAAUAAAAUUCAUGCAAUUAAUGGGAAGAUCUAUGGCAAUCUCCAUGGGUUAACUAUGGUCGAAGGAGAAAAGACUAACUGGUAUCUAAUUGGUCUAGGAAAUGAGGUUGACAUGCAUACGGUGCAUUUCCAUGCUCAGAGCUUUCUUUAUAGGAAAGACAAGGAGCAUCGAGCUGAUGUGUUUGACCUUUUUCCGGGGACAUUUCAGACUAUAGAACUGGUAGCUGGCAACCCUGGCACAUGGUUAUUACAUUGCCAUGUGACAGACCACAUUCACGCUGGCAUGGAAACUACUUUUACUGUAAAGAGAGCAGGUGAAAGAGCCUUCCCCACAGAAAGCAAUGAUUCUGAACCAAGUGGAGUUCCCUUUUUUGGCCAAGUCAUAUCGGCUUCGAAAGCACACAUAGCAUUGAUCUCUCUUCUAGCGAUUGGUCUUUUGCUUUUAGUUUUGCUGAUAAUAGCGUUCACACUUUUUAUCUGUACGACAAAGAGGGCUCAGUACAGCACGAUCCACAACGGAGUUCUUCCUUUUAAUAAUCUGUGAAUGCAUCGUUUGGUCGCACAGCCUAUAACCCAGUACACUGAUGGCUAACUUUGGCCCUCAAGUCUUCCUGAGCAUUAUGGGACACGUAUUGCGCAAACAUAUGCAGUGCCAAGAGUAUAUAGCCAUCACUGUUCUAAUAUGACUCUGAUUUAAUUCCAUGAUGAUGCACUUUAUUUGCCCGUGUUUACGCUCUCAGCACAAAUCCACUGGAUAUUUUAUUUCAUAAAAUUUCAUUCAAAUACUGUAGAAUUUCAGAAAAUGUAAGAAACUGUGUUUU